AUGGGCUUUUGGGAAGGAGUUUGGGAGGUCGAAAAAUUUAUAUUUAAAGCAGCAGGAGCUGCGGCGGUAGGGACGGCAAUUGUUGCUACUGGUGGAGCUGCUCUUCCCCUUGCUACCCUUGGUGCUACGGUAGUAGCGGAAGGAUAUUGUAUAAAGAAGGUAGGAGAAACGAGUGGAAAUGAAGUAGCAAAGGAAAUUUGCGAAGUUAUUGGUGGUAGUCUUAUGGGUGGAGGUGGUGAUACAAUUAUUGGUGGUCACGUAUCAAAGGCGACAAAACAACCUUAUGGCAGACUUUUUUACCCUGCGACUAAUGAUGGUCAGCCAAUUAAUGUAGCCACAUAUAUAGAUUAUACAGUAUGCCUAUCUCGCCGAAAUUUUAAAUGA